GCCUGAAGGCUGCGCAGCUCCAGCGGGCGGCACGAGUCCAGCCCAGCUUCCAGCCCGCAUCCUGGGCAUGGAAAUGCUCCCGGCUGUAGCACACCCGUCUCUGCCAAAUAACGUGGGCUUGGCUUUGUCAUCCCUCUUGUCCUGUUGGAAAAUGAAUCUAUGCUUUAGCCUAUUGUGGUUUAAAUAUAGAUUUAAAGAAAUAAGAUUAUUUGUAAAUACGGACGUAGAAUUGGGUCUGACAUAUUUGGCUGAGUUACACGACUUUGAAGUCAAGAGUGUAAUAAUUUUCUUAAUUUUUUUUUAGAGCAACGUUUCAUUUCACCUUUUCUGGGAUGGAGAUUUCUUCUCACCAGUUUCACCUCUUGCAGCAACUAAAUGAGCAGCGCAGGCAGGACUUGUUCUGUGACUGCAACAUCCUGGUGGAGGGCAAGGUCUUCAAAGCCCAUCGCAAUGUGCUGUUCGCCAGCAGUGGCUAGAGCUCGAAGGAGACGAGUCAGUCCACAACAGCCACUUUCCAGGCCUUCUCUCCUGACACCUUUACAGUUAUCCUAGAUUUUGUGUAUUCAGGAAAACUGUCCCUCACUGGUCAGAAUGUCAUCGAAGUCAUGUCAGCUGCCAGCUAUCUGCAGAUGACCGAUGUGAUCAGCGUGUGUAAAACCUUCAUAAAGUCAUCGCUGGACAUCAGUGAGAAGGAGAAGGAUCGCUACUUCAGCCUGUCAGACAAAGAUGUGAGUUCCAACGGUGUGGACCGAUCCUGUGUGUACAGUGGAGGGUGGAGGGCAGAGAGCAGCCCCCCACAUUCCCACUCGAGCCCAGACCCUGGGACUUGUAUGAUGGGCGGGAAUGCUUGGAGCAAUUUCAACUAUUACCCCACCUCUCAAAGAAAUGCCCAGCAGCAGCUGUCCAAACACGAGCAGCGGCAGGAUUCCAUCAAGAAAUCCCGGCACCUGGGGCUGCAGCAACCUUCUGACAUCCCACACUAUAAAUCAAGCAAGCUGGAGGACAGGGCUGCCGAGCCUGCCGGCCACGCUGCGCCGGCUGAGGAGCAAGUUCACAUUGACCCGGAGGUUGAAGCUCCUCACGUGGGCUACCAGUUCAGCCAAGGGGCUGAAGUGAUGCCCAGGGGCUUGGCUGUGUCGCAGCAGGAGCACGAGUCACCCCGCUCCUCCAGUAAAUCCAAGUCCUCCAAAGCUGAGGAGCAGUACGGGAGCAUGCCCUCCAUCCUUGGAGUCAUGGGGAGCUGGGCUGAAGAUGACCUAGCCAGGAUGAGGUUCAAGUGUCCAUUCUGUAGCCACGUGGUGAAGAGAAAAGCUGACCUCAAGCGUCACCUUCGCUGUCACACAGGGGAGCGGCCGUACCCCUGCGAGGCGUGUGGGAAGAGAUUCAGCAGGCUGGAUCACCUCAGCAGCCAUUUUCGAACUAUCCACCAAGCGUGCAAACCCAUCUGCAGGAAGUGCAAGCGCCACGUGACCGAGCUGACGGGACAGGUGGUCCAGGAGGGGACCCGGCGUUACAGACUGUGCAACGAGUGCCUGGCUGAGGCUGGCAUUGACAGUAUCCGCAUUGACUUGGAGGCUGAGGCGCCUCUGGAAUUCCCACAGGAUGGGGACAAGGAUUCCAGGUGGCACUACGGGGAGGACAACAGGUCUGACGUGGAGAUCGUGGAGGAUGGCUCAACCGACUUGGUCAUCCAGCAAGUCGAUGACAGUGAGGAUGAAGCAGAGGAGAAGGAAGUGAAACCAAAUAUUAGGUAGUUGGAAGACAAGGAUUGGGAAUUCCAUGGAAGAGGGAGAAUCUACUGUGACCUGAUGUCCUCUGCCAGCUGAUCCUACAAAGACACAUGGUUGAACAGGUCCAGACUUGCAUGUAUUUAUGGACACGUCAUUGAGGCCAUGCUGGUUUGUUAGCAGAACACCCAUGCGUUGUUUUGUUAAAAAGAAUCCAUCCUGAAAUUAUGGAUAAACAAGGAAACUGCAAUAUUACAUGGAUAAUUUUUAUAGCAGGCAAUGGGGCACGUCUCAAAGCCUCAAAGAGAGGGAGUGAGCUCUAAAUACUUUUCAAAAGUUGCAGGUUAUUGUAAAUUUCCCAUUUUAUAUGCUUGUAAAGAGGUGUGGUUUAUAUCAUUGGGCUAUAAAUGAAUUAUAAAGACCCCCCCACACCAGACAACCUCUCUUGAGUGUUCAGAAGUGAAGAGAAUCUUCCAUGAAAUUUCACAAAAUCUUCAUGUUAUGAUAAGAAAAAAGGCAGCUAAUUAAGAAAGAGCAUUUAAAAUGUUUUGGCACUUUUGUCUGGAAAAGGACUUCUGUAAAAUUUAUUAGGACGAGGUGAAUCUUUAAUAGAUCAUAUGCUCAAGACCUAUUUCUUUAAAAGAAAGUAAGCACAUCAAUGCUUAACACAUCAGAGACAAACUGAUUAAAAAUUUGGAUCAUUAAUUGAUGCCAUUGGAUGCUUUAGUCUCAAAAUUAGGAUCUCAGACUGGGCUGUUUUAAUAAGCACUAUUAAAAAUACUCUUUUUUUUGUAUUUUGAAACCUCUCAAAAGUGCCCAGACAUGGUGGGAUUGUUGGCAUGCAGGGCCAGGAGUUGGAUUUAGAUGAUCUUUGUGGGUCACUCCAGCUCAGGAUAUCGAAUUCUGUGCACCUUUUCCAGUCUGUACCAGUGAGACCAAGAUGUACUGGAAGUUCCAGACACUAUAUUUGUGUCAUUUCACCCACAAUUAGGCUACAGAGAUGAAUAACGAUGAAGGAAUUUUACUUCUCUAACAAAAGAAGUUAUUUGUUUUUGUUGCUUAGUGAGUUUCUCUUACCCAGCACUGUCAGGAGAGGAGCAGGAGAUGCUCCUGGGGCUCUGCAUUCCUCGGACAGACCUGAGUGUUAUUCCAGUUCUUGGGAUCAUGGAACUCAAUGGCUGUAGACUUAGAAAAUGAUAUAUUUUUUUCUUUUUUACAGCUUUGUAAGCAUGUUUGGCUGAACCCUGGGGUUUCUUAGACAACAAGCCCAUAUAAAUAUAUAUAUAUAUACUAUAUAACCUUUCCCAGGGACAGCUAAAAAGUCACUAUGUUAUUUUUAGUUGUGUAAAAACUGUAUAACUUUCUUGUAUCAUCAUGACCAGAGAGUGCAGCAUUUUUAUUCCAGGCUACAGGUGACCAACAAAUGACAACUUGAGAACUUCAUGCUAAAUUCAGUGUAAGCAUUAAGCACCCUCCUCUCCAUGGGAAGCAUCCCAAGGACACAAGAAAUGGUGUUUUAUUGUUCCUACAAAAAUUAUAAUUUAUUGGCUUAGGUUUGGGGAGGGGGUGACUUAAAAAUCUUUGUGAUGACCCAGAUGAAAAUGUCUUAAAUAAGACUUAUACUCUAUUUUAUGGGACACUUGGUCAGCAGCCCAAAACUGGACUUGAUGUGAAAACAGACAUUUAAUUUCCUGGAGCUUUUAAACUCCUAAAAUGCCUGUUAUGAAAUGGCUAAGAAAUAUUCCUGAGCAACCUGGACUAAAUCAAAUACACAGAACAAGAAAUAUUUCAAAGAAUAUGGAGUAACUUUGCUCAAAUUUCAUAGAUGUUUCCCUUUCCCUUUCCAUUAAACAGUUUGACAACAAAUCCCAGGUAUCAGUGCCUGCUGUUCCAGGAUAAAAAAUGGCUGGAAUUGGUUUGUGUGUGUUUGGGGAUGGAUAAAGGGGAGGGGAAAAUAAAGUGUUCUCUCCAGGCCUGAAAUCUUAACUGCCAACUGCAAAGGUCAGACUAUUAAGUGUUUCUUAAUAGUGGGGGUGUUUUUAGGAUUUUUGGAUCAAUACUCAAUUUAAUUAGAGAUCAUAAAUCUUAACAAUACUGAGGACCAGAUGCUUCAGAACAAGAUCUGAAGUGGCUCUAAAUGGGCAGAUGGAACAAUCUAUCCACAGGAAGACUUUUUAAACACAGGCAGAUGAAUUGUUGAUUUGCAGGGCAAAUGAGGGCUUUUUUUCUGGAUUUCUAUGUUGUUAUUCUCAGUAGCAUAACUAGAUAUUUGUAGUCAUUUUUAAAGUAUCUUAUUAAGCUUGGAGGUUUAGCUCAAGGCUGCGAUUCCCACAGGUCAAUGAUGUUUUUCUGUUUUUUAAAAGUUACCAUUUUUACAUUUGUUGCCUUAAUUUUGGUCGUUGUUUCCUUAUUUUUGUAUUGCAAGACAAGAUAAACGUUAAGUGCCUUCUGUUUUCCAUGUCCUUCAUUUUACAGUCACGUAUUUUCCUUGUUUUUAUUUUUUUCUCUAAAUGAAAGUAUUUGUUUUCUUUUUGUCUCCUUCCAUUACCUCUGAUUGUCUUCAUAUUUCUGUGAGGAUCACGUGCCCCUCAUCAGCACAAGGAACAUUUCCUUUCCUUUCAAGGAGGAAAGUAAAGACCACAUAGGGAUGUUCCCACUAAAUUUAUUUAUUUCCUUGUAUUUCUUUCAUCUUCGUCUCUUAGGGAUACGGUUUAGUGCUGGACUUGAUCUUAAAGGUCUUUUCUAAGGAAUUCUGUGAUUAUUUUUACUUGGUUUCUGUUUACUUUGUGUUCAUAAACCACAGUCAAGAGUGAAAACAAA